UAAAACAGCUCGAUCUUCUUCUUCACAACCCAUUUCAUCAACACCAAUUUCAUCCACAAUCUCACCACCAUAAUCAAUGGCUGAACUCGUGCUCGCUGCCCUGCUCCCUGUGCUCUUUGAGAAGCUGGCGUCUGCAGCUUUGAAGGAACUUGCUCGCUACGAGGGACUUGAGGCUGAGAUCGAGAAAUGUAAGGAAUGGCUGGAACUAAUCCAAGGUGUGCUUACUCAGGCUUCUCAGAUGAAGACAACCAAUCCAGCUGUGAAGCCAUGGCUGAAACAUCUCCAGCAUUUGGCCUAUGACAUAGAUGACGUCUUCGAUGGUUGGCUGACCGAAGCCAUGCAGCGUAAGUUCACUCACGACUCAGAAGACAUCACCAACAAGGUAAGAAAAAAGCUGAUCCCUACUUGUUGCACAAAUUUCUCAUCAUGUACUAAGAUGCAUGUUAAGUUACGUCAGAUUAACGCCAGAUUAGAACAUCUAGUUAGGCAGAGAAAUGAUCUUGAUUUGAGAGUGAAAGAGGAAACUAGGCCACAAAAUAACAAUGCUAAUAUAGGCUUACAUACCUGUGCUGCCAAUCCAUCUACUACUGUUGGACGGACAGCAGAGAAAGCUGAAUUUGUCCAAAAGUUAUUGGUGGAUGAUCCAUCUGAUCAAAACUUUAGCAUUGUUCCCAUAGUUGGUAUGGCCGGGGUUGGUAAAACGAAUCUUGCUAAUUUUUUGUAUAACGAAAAACAAGUCCAGAAUCACUUUGCACCCAAUAUGGCGUGGGUUCAGGUCUCCGGUGAGUUUGAUAUUAUUCGUAUAAGCCAAGAGAUCUUUGAGGCCGUGGGAGGUGAGGCAACCAAGGCACCUAGAAAUUUUAAUAAACUUCAAGAAGUUCUUAAAGAUAAACUAAUAGGAAAAAGAUUUUUAUUGGUGUUAGAUGAUGUGUGGAGUGAGAGUCAUCGGGAUUGGGAAACCCUCGUCGGGCCAUUUUAUACAUGUGCCCCAGGAAGUAAAAUCGUCAUAACUACAGAGAAGGAUAAAUUGCUCAAAAAUCUGGGUUACAAACCUCUAAUCAAGCAGCUGGGGAGCCUGCCAUAUGAUGAUGCUCUGUCCUUGUUUGCUCUUCAUGCAUUAGGCGUAAGAAAUUUCGAUUCACAGUUCGUUAUCGUUUAA